AUAAAGCCUUGUGGGACCCUCUUACCACACGCUAGCCCUUCCUUCCUCCCCAAUGUCAUCCAGCGACAUCAACUGCGGUUCGGGUGGAGGAGCAGACACCUACACUGGGCUUCGGAUAGCCUCCAUCUUCAUCAUCCUUGUAGGGUCUGGCUUUGGCGCACUCUUCCCUGUCCUCGCCAGGAGAUCCUCAUGGCUUCAUGUCCCCACACCCGUCUAUGAAUUUGCCAAAUAUUUUGGUUCCGGUGUUAUUAUAGCCACCGCUUUCAUACACUUGUUGAGUCCCGGAAUAUCCGAGCUCACGUCUCCAUGUCUAUCUCCUGCAUGGCAGGUAUAUCCGUACGCACUCGCACUCGCGAUGCUCUCUUUGUUUUCCAUCUUCAUUGUCGAGCUCGUGGCCUUCCGGUGGGGAACAGCAAAACUUGCCGCACUUGGCGUAGUGCAUGAUGCCCAUGGCCAUGGUGUCGGCUCGCAUGCUGCACAUGGACCCGAAGCAUACCUCGACAAGAACUCGCAGGCAGAUGGAAGCGACCUCGAGACUGGCAAUGGUGGUCUGGCUACUGACGACAGUGCGCUCGCUCAGAUCAUCGGCGUAUUUAUCUUAGAGUUUGGUGUACUCCUUCACAGUCUACUCAUUGGCCUUACACUUGCCGUUGACGAGAAUUUUAAAAUUCUAUUUGUUGUCGUUGUAUUCCAUCAAUUGUUCGAGGGCCUUGGUUUGGGCUCUCGUUUAUCACUCUUAAAACUUUCACCGCGCUACAACUAUGUUCCUGUGAUGGCUGGGACUUUCUAUGCCAUCACUACCCCGAUCGGUAUCGCCGCGGGACUUGGUGUCCGAAGUACAUAUAAUCCGGGAAGCACUACGGCUUCGAUCGUUAGUGGCGUCAUGGACUCGCUCAGUUCCGGCAUCCUCCUUUACACCGGUCUGGUAGAGCUACUGGCACAUGAAUUUUUGUUUAACAAAGAAAUGACGAAUGCGCCCAAUGGCAAGGUUGCAUACGCUGUAACCUGUAUGCUGUUUGGAACGGGCAUCAUGGCACUUCUUGGCCGAUGGGCGUGAGAAGUUUGAGUUCUAUGUACGUUGACGGUGUGCCUACACUAGCACGACGGAAGUAUAUCAGUAGUAUGUACCUUGAUGUACCCUGAUCCCCUGUACUGUAAAACAACUUACAAAUGAAGGUAGACU